AAAAAGUUUUGGACAAAGUCCAAAAACAUCACAAGCACGAAGAAAAAUGGUGAAGUCAUACUACAAGUAUGAGCAUUCCCAUACCUUUGGGUUGGUGAACUCGGCCUCUGCGAAUGUUGUUUGGACCGCCGACGAGAAUGCGGUCGAACCGUCCUCGCGGCAAACUGGUGCUGGAAGAGCGAUAGUUGGCGCGAACGAGGAAGUCCUACAAUGGGAUGUGAAGAAGGGAGAGCUUCUUAGCAGAUGGCGUGAUAAUGACUGCAAUGCGGAGGUCACGGCCGUCGUGCAGAGCAAAAGCGACCCUGAUAUUUAUGCCGUUGGAUAUGCUGAUGGAAGCAUUCGGCUUUGGGACUCGAGAAUCGCGACCGUAAUUAUCCGUUUUAAUGGACACCGAUCAGCAAUCACAUGCCUGGCUUUCGACCACUCCGGUGCCCGUCUGGCCAGUGGAGCAAAGGAUACGGAUGUAAUUCUUUGGGACCUUGUCGGUGAAGUUGGUCUUUUCAAACUACGUGGUCACAAGGACCAGAUUACAGCGCUUCAUUUCCUACAGCCGCCAUCUCAAUUGGACACCGCAGACGCAGUUAAUGGCGAAGAGGGCACCUCAUCCGCUAUGGGCGUGGACGAAGAACAUGAGGGUUUUCUUUUAACAACCGGCAAAGACUCCCUGAUAAAGCUCUGGGAUAUUGCUUCACAACAUUGUAUCGAGACACAUGUUGCUCAAACCAAUGGCGAAUGUUGGACCAUGGGAGUUGCUCCAGAUAAUAGUGGCUGUAUCACGGCAGGCAAUGACGGAGAGCUGAAGAUUUGGUCGAUAGAUUUGCUGGGACUGCGUGAGAUUGCGUCGCAGGUUAAUGAAGGCAUAGAGAAGGAUGUUCUUCAUGAAAGGGGUGUCAUAUAUCGGCAGGGCAAGGAUCGCACACUCGGAGUGCAUUUCCAUCCUCGCGCUGAUUUCAUCGCUGUUCACGGAUCUGAGAAGGCAGUUGAAAUUUGGAGAAUUCGUUCGGAUAACGAGGUUCGGAAAAGUCUAGCCCGCAAAAGAAGACGCAGACGGGAGAAAGCCUUAGCAAUCGCAAAAGAGAGUGGCCAAAGUGAUGACAUCGCAAUGGCAGAAGAGAAGGAAAAUGCCGACGAUAUCACAUCCGCCGACGUUUCCGAGAUUUUUGUCUCAUAUGUGAUUGUCCGGACCGGCGGAAAAGUGCGUUCAAUGGACUGGGCCGGUGGGAGACCAAGCAAAGCGCUUCAACUGCUAGUCGCUGCAACCAAUAAUCAGCUAGAAGUUUACAGCGUGGACGUGAGAGAUAAGAGCAAGAAGACGAAAGACGAGGAGAUGGCCGAUUACAAUCGUGUAUUUGCCGUCGAUAUGCCCGGCCAUCGAACCGACAUUAGAACCUUGGCCCUCAGCUCUGAUGACCGAAUGUUGGCCUCAGCCUCGACUGGUGCGCUGAAGAUUUGGAACGUCAAAACGCAAAGCUGUAUUCGAACCUUGGAGUGCGGUUAUGCUCUUUGCUCUUCCUUCCUUCCCGGUGAUAAAAUUGUGGUCGUUGGCACGAAGACUGGUCAACUUGAGUUGUUCGAUAUAGCUUCUUCUACCCUGAUCGACACGGUUCAAGCUCAUGAGGGUGCCAUUUGGACGCUGCAUGUCCAUCCUGAUGGCAGAUCCGUUGUGACAGGAAGCGCAGACAAAUCGGCCAAAUUCUGGAACUUUGAAGUUGUCCAGGAAGAAAUUCCUGGCACCAAACGGACAACGCCUCGCCUUCGACUUGUUCACACACGGACCCUCAAGGUAUCAGAUGAUAUUCUAAGCCUCCGCUUUUCCCCAGACGCUCGGCUUCUUGCCGUUGCAUUGCUGGACAACACAGUCAAGGUCUUUUUCGUCGACUCGCUUAAACUCUUCUUAAAUCUCUACGGUCACAAGCUUCCUGUGCUCAACAUGGAUAUAUCUUACGAUAGCAAGCUCAUCGUCACAUGUUCAGCUGAUAAGAAUGUCCGACUAUGGGGUCUCGAUUUCGGUGACUGUCAUAAGGCUUUCUUUGCCCACCAAGACAGCAUUAUGGCCGUCGCAUUCGUGCCACACAAUCACGACGGAAACGGACAUCACUUCUUUUCCGUGUCAAAGGAUCACCUUAUCAAGUAUUGGGAUGGUGACAAAUUCGAGCAGAUUCAGAAGAUUGAUGGCCACCACGGCGAGGUUUGGGCGCUAGUACCUAGUCGUACGGGCGAAUUUAUCGUGACAGCCAGUCAUGACAAAAGCAUCCGUACCUGGCGACAAACCGACGAAUUGAUUUUCCUUGAAGAGGAGCGGGAAAAGGAGCUUGAAGAAUUAUACGAGAACACGCUAACGACCUCGCUCGAACAAGAGGAAGGAAACGAGGAAGGUGGCGAGCAACGCGAGGCUGUCGCUGCAGGAAAACAAACUGCCGAGACGCUCAUGGCUGGUGAGAAGAUAGCUGAAGCGCUCGAUCUGGGCCUUGCCGACCUCGAGGUCAUGCGUAUCUACCGCGCGGCAAAGGCAGAAAAUCCAAAUGCCGCGCCGCCUGCACGUAACCCGCUUUACAUGGCGCUUGGGAAUAUCUCUGCCGAAGACCACGUCUUGUCAGUUGUUCAACGCAUCCCAGCUGCGGCACUCCAAGACGCUCUCUUGGUCCUGCCUUUCUCCAAACUGCAUGCGUUGUUUACCUUCCUCGAUAUCUGGGCCACUCAAGAGCGAAACAUGCCACUCACCUGUCGCAUCCUGUUCUUCAUGUUGAAGACGCACCAUAGGCAAAUCGUCGCCAGCAAAGCUCUUCGCCCCAUGCUCGAUGCGAUCCGGGAGCAUUUGCGUCAAUCACUCAACCGCCAGAAGGAUGAGAUGGGCUUCAACCUGGCAGCAUUGCGAUUUGUCUCGGGUCGCGUACAUGAUAAGGGCGUAAGCGACUUCAUUGACGAGACCGAGGUGACCGAGGAGCCUGAGCGCGGUAAGAGAAAGAGAGGAUUCGUCAACGUUGCUUAGGUUUCCAUAAUUUUCUUACACCCACGUGCAUUAUCUGCUUUGUGGCAUCGGGCCUCUGUAGUAUAGAUUACAUUUUCGCUGUGGACAAGGGUUGGGAAACGGCGUACAAAAGCUGCGAAUUUCAUGCUUUGAGCGAUAGCAUUACCCGAAUAUAUACUAGAUUCUGUGAAAUAAAUUCGCCGGUAUGUGUCUCGAUAUAUAUAUGACUAUUAAUUCGAGCUGCGAGUAGAAGGCGCUUGGAGUCAACAAUCGAAUCAAAGAAAAAGAGGAAAAGAAGAAAGCGAUGGAGAAUCAAGAGGACGAAGUUAUCAAAUAAGAAGAUAUAGAAGCGGCGCAUAGCCCCGGAUAUAUGUAUCGUCAAGAGAGCUGCU